CCUAAAUAUAAUGCGUGGAUAUGAAUAGCUGCCAUUGCCAGCGCCUCUUCCAUUCCCCACGUGAAGACAUGGUAUGGCAUUGUGAUUUUGACUUUUGACCCUACGUGGCGUCUGCCCACUUCUUAUCUGCCACGCGCACGCCCACCCUUUUUUUUUUUUCCUCUCUCUCUCUCUCUCUCUCUCUCUCUCAAUCCCAUUCUUUGUGGAAGCUCAAAUCUGCAGUUGAUAACAAAAUCUUUUGUUUUCUCGUCAAACGAUGCCGUUUUGCAAGGUCUCCACACAGCAGCCUAAUUCAGACGGAGCUUGCAACAAUGGCGUUGAGAUUUUCUACAGAACUUACGGUUAUGGACCAACCAAAGUCCUCCUUAUCAUAGGAUUGGCUGGGACGCAUGAUUCGUGGGGCCCGCAAAUAAAGGGACUAACUGGUACCGAUAGGCCAAAUGACGAUGAUGAAUUGAUGACCGUUGAUCGAAACUCAGGCGACAAUGACAUAGAUUGUGGCAUUCAAGUCUGUGCAUUUGAUAAUCGUGGUAUGGGUCGCAGUUCUGUUCCCACCAAAAAAUCCCAAUAUACAACAAAAAUUAUGGCAAAAGAUGCAAUUGCUUUACUGGAUCAUCUGGGCUGGACAAAAGCCCAUGUAUUUGGCCAUUCAAUGGGUGCUAUGAUAGCUUGCAAGUUAGCGGCAAUGGUGCCUGAUAGAGUUCUAUCUUUGGCAUUGCUUAAUGUGACUGGUGGAGGUUUCCAAUGCUUGCCCAAGCUUGACCGCCAAACUGUAUCAGUUGCAAUACGUUUCUUAAAGGCAAAAACUCCUGAGCAAAGAGCAGCUGUAGACUUGGAUACUCACUACACGAAGGAAUACCUUGAGGAAUAUGUUGGCUGUAAGACAAGAAGAGCCAUUUUAUAUCAAGAAUAUGUAAAAGGUAUAUCAUCAACUGGGAUGCAGUCUAAUUAUGGUUUCGAUGGUCAAAUCAAUGCUUGUUGGACACAUAAGAUGACGCGAACAGAAAUUGAAGUGAUACGCUCUGCUGGAUUUCUUGUAUCAGUCAUACAUGGCAGGAAUGAUAUCAUUGCUCAAAUAUAUUAUGCAAGGAGGCUUGCAGAGAGACUGCAGCCUGUUGCUAGGAUGAUAGAUCUCCAUGGUGGCCAUUUAGUCAGUCAUGAGAGGACCGAGGAGGUCAAUCAAGCUCUUCAUGACUUGAUCACGACAACUGAAACAAAAAUUAGGCCUCAUGAUUGGAAUAAUCUGCCCCAGAAAACUCCUGGCUGGUUUGAGACAGGGAUAUCACUUUGCAAGACAAGUUCAGAGGGUGGAAACAAUGUCCGUUCAAGAUGUGGCAUAAUAGAUAAGCUACAUGUAUGCCUGGUAUACAUCUUCAGUCUCUUUAUAUUUGUAUUUGAAUAUGCACGAAGGGCUCAAAGGAGUCUAAGACCAGCCAGAGUCGGGGCUUCCCUCACAUAAGCUAGUUGUCAGUGAACCUGCCUUUUUCACAGGGUUUAUUGAUUUCUCGUCUUGAUGGUGCGUGUAUUUACGAUAACAUCAUUCACUAAAACUUGGUGAAGAAUAAGCAAAUAUUGUUGAGUUAUAGAAUAACAGUUGGUUGGCAAAACAUGCCUAUACAGAAAGCAUAUUUAUUGAGGUGGCAAAGAUCUAAAAGUACUAUCAAGGCAUUUCUGAAGUCCUUUGGUUUCUCAGUAGCAACCAUGACGUAACAAUUUGGUGUGUUUCCCAUGAAAGCUGAGAAAAGUACAGUGAAUGGCUUGUGACUUAAGAAUCAGAAGGGGAAAGAUGCAGAGAAAUGUAUAUUAGAAAUACCAUACAAUUACAAAAGACACUCAAAUGUAUUUUGAGAAUAUCAUACAAUUCGUUGUCUCUUCUAUGGUUUGCAACUUGAAAUAAAAGAGGAUUUCAAGGUGACUUUGUGGGAAAUAGCUACAGAAGGAAAAAUAAUUUAAAUAUUAAAGUUUUACUUUCAUAUGAAA